GACGGGUCGAAACAAAAAUCAGAAUAACAAAAACAUUUUUCAAAAUCCAAACUGUGAAGAAAUUGUUCUUUUUGAUUGAUGAAUAUGGUGACAGCUUUGCAACUAACGAGAACAUCUAUCUUCGGUCUCUUCAGAUCUUUUUCUAUAAGCCGAGUUCCUCCGAGACCUCUUGCGGUGGUGCUUAGUCGGAAAAGCUCUCGGGUCCUUUUUGCUUCCUCGGUUAAUGACCAUUCUAAGGGAAGAAAUGAUCCGGUAGAGAAGGCGAGAGAUUCAAGGGCUGAUUUAGCUUAUGAUUCAAAGAAAUGGAGAGAACAGUCGGGAGAAUACUCAGAAGCUGGCAAAGAGAAAGCUAAGGACAAAGCCUAUGAUAUUGAAGACAAGACCAAAGAUUAUGCUGAACAAACAAAGGAUAGAGUGAAUGAAGGAGCGAGAAGGGCAGCUGAUAAGGCAUACGAAACCAAAGAGAAGGCUAAGGAUAAAGCUUAUGACGUGAAAGAGAAGACCAAAGACUAUGCGGAAGAGACCAAGGAGAAAGUGAAUGAAGGAGCCAGCAGAGCAGCUGAUAAAGCAUAUGAGGCGAAAGAGAAGGCUAAGGACAAAGCUUGUGACGUGAAAGAGAAGACUAAAGACUAUGCGGAGGAAACCAAGGAGAAAGUGAAUGAAGGAGCGAGCAGAGCAGCUGAUAAAGCCUACGAGGCCAAAGAGAAGGCUAAAGACAAAGCUUAUGAUAUCAAAGAGAAGACGAAAGACUAUGCGGAAGAGGCUAAAGAUAAGGUGGAUGAAGGAGCAACCAGAGCAGCUGAUAAAGCAUAUGAGACAAAAGAGAAGGCUAAGGACAGAGCUUAUGAUGUGAAAGAAAAGACGAAAGAUUAUGCGGAAGAGGGUAAGGAGAGAGCAGAGGAUAUGACUCAUGGGCUAAAGGAAAAGGCUCAAGAUGUUGGGGAGAAGACUAUUGAGACUGUGAAAGAUGCGUGGGAGGCUGCAAAGAACACGGCUCAGAAGGUUACAGAGGCGGUGGUUGGGUCCGGUGAGGAUGAGGAUAGGGCCCGAGAUGAUGUUGAUAAGGGCUUGAAAGAUUUAUCGCGAAAGGCAAAGGAGAAUCGAAAAGACGAUGAUGAUGUCAAGAGGUUCUAAGUUCACUAAACCUAUGUGGUUUUCUUACAAAUAAAAGAAAGUGUUCUUCUCUGUGUUCAAAAUGUUUUGCUAAAACUUUUACAGCAAGUUUUAAGACCUAUUACAGUCAUUCUUCUAGGUUUGAUUGUUAGUAAGUGUUUACUUCAUACAUAAGA